CCUCAACUCGACGAAAGCCGCCAUUUUAGUUACGGAAAAGCAGAAUGAACUUGCGAUUCUACUAGAGUUACCGAUGAGAUCUCUGCUCUUCUAACUCUUUAUGGCCGAUAGAAACAAGUAUUUAACCUUUCUUUCCGUUCUUAUCCCUUGUUUUGGCCAUUGAUGCGAAUCUAACUGAUAGAAAACUUCGCCAUCAUUUGUAAACAUGUCCAAUAAAAGUCGUCAAGAUAAGACAAAAACUCCUGCUCAAACGUCCGCUCCACCACCUACCAGCAAUGAUAUUAUACCGGGAAGAUUUACAGAAGCUGACUGGUAAGAAUUUAUCUUGAUAAAUUGUAAUGUUUCCUUCACCAAUUUUCUUGUUGAAAGAGAGAUACUUCUUUUUUCUAAUAUGAAGCACUCGGAAAGUGUAGAGAGCAUGAAAGUUUAGAGACCUUAGGAGUUGCUUGAAUUGUAACUUAGAGCAGCUUCAGCCUAAUGAGUAUUUUCUAAACUUUGAAAGUGUUUUAUAUCGCAGUGAACGGGCAGCAUAUGCAUGGACAGAUUAUUUGGUAAUAUUUUCAAUGCGGUACUGUACUUGACUUAUAGUUUCUUACCGGAUACCGAUAGAAUUUCUUCUCCAAUUCCUCUGUGUGUCUAAACCAAUUUUUUUAUUUUAAUGUUCAGGUAUCAUAUGGUGGACCAGGAGGACGGGGAGGAAUUUGUUGUUGACAUAGUGAACGAAAUUGUGGAAUCCACCAUGAAAGUCCUUCAUGAUCAGUAUAUCAUCAGUCAAACAUUGCCAUAUACUAUACAAGAGUCUAAAAAUUUACUUCUACAAAUCAUUGAGGUGUGUGUAGUAAUGAGACUAAAUAUUAUAACCAUUUUGUGAAAUUUUGCGCAGGUAUAGGGGUACAAAUGUUGAUACAGUGAACUUUGAAUUUAGACAUCAGGUUUGAUAACUAGAAACCCCCAUAAACCCACCCCCAGCCAUAGUGGUCACCCUAUAUGGUACUCCAUACUUUUUGUAAGCCUUGAGUUGGAGGUUUUCAUAGACUGAUUUUCUGCAGAGUGUAGAUUUUUUUUUGUCAAAAUAAGUUUUAACCACAAUUUGUUGGUUGGAGUCGAAAUUCCAUCCAGUUGUAUAACUGUUUAAUGUAGCAAUUAGAUUUCUAGUUUUUAUACAUUACAAGUAGGAAGAAUGAAGCUAAGAAAUUAGGCUGGUGGCUGAAAUUUCAAGUGGAGUGGCUUGAUAAUAAUGUUCCAUAUCGAAUGACUGUAAGUGUGUAAUUGUACCUUAGAAGUGCCCAUAAUACAUUACUGAGUGAUCACCUGCCAUAAAAUUAUCUAGCAGGGGAUUGCCACAUUUUUUCUUGAAAAUUUUACCAACAGCUGGUCCUCAACAGCAACCCUGGAAUAAAAUCUAAUUAGUAUCUUUGAAUUGCUUAUUUUCUAGUGGCAAUUUCUUGCCUGUGAUGGGGGAGAGAACAACCCUGCUUGCGAUGCAACGUGGCUGGAGGAAGAUGGUAUUGUGUCUAAUUGUUUGUUGUAUGUAUUGAAGAGAUGCCUUAAUGCAUAUACUGAGUGUGGUAAUGAUGGUUUUUUUAGUAUUAGAUCUAGUUGUUUGUGAAAGUAUUAGUUUUUUUGGAUGCAAAUGUGUUUCUAUAUAUGGAUUAUCUUUUGUUAAAUAUAAUUUUAUUUAGAACCUGUAACGCCUUUAACUGAUUCAUGGGCUCAGGGGUCAGUGCCAAUCAUGUUACGGCCAUCUUCAGCAUCAUCAGUAUCAUCUAUACAAUCAGAUCGAGAGUCUGAGCUCUCAUCUGUUGCUGAAGAAAGGCCAGGGUAAGUUUUCAUAAAUGUUUUACAUACAUUUCUGUAUUGACUUGGUAGAGAAAGUACUGAAAUUUUUUAUGCUUCAGCUUUUUGAUAAGCUCUAGGUGGAGUUGUUAAUUUAUUGAAUUACAGUCAAGUUGCCCACGGACCAACUUGCCCAUGUCAACUCUCCCACAGUUAAAAUUACUUUUCUAUUGCCUUCUAAGUAGUGUUCAUCACUUUGACAAUCUUUCUCGGAUCCAUUUAUUCUAAAUAAAAUUUGUAGUUCGUAUAAUUUAUAUGAUUUUUAUAUAUUCAAGUCAUUUGUAAACCAAAGUGAUACAACAUUUUACCAUUACAACAGUAGUAGAUGCUGAGAUCCAAAUCCCUGAACAUUUGCUGUGAUUCUUUGGCUUAUGAUAUAACACAACGUACACAACAACAAGAAACUGUAACAUAUGAACUUUCUUACUGAAGAAAUCCACAUUGUCAUAGUGUAAUAAGUGUCAGAAAGAUGUUGAAAAGCAUCCAUAGCAUCUAAGUGUAUGUAUGUAAUGGUAUGGCCAUUGCUAAACACUUUGGUUCGUAUUGUUACAGCAUACAGUUAAUGAAACAUUAUAACAAAUGAAACUUUAAUUACUUUUUUAUCAUUCUGUAAGACUAAUUCUGUGAUGAGCUUAUUGAAGUGAUUUUAUGUGUGGGAGAGUCAGUCUGUUGGUGAGUUGGUCAGAUACAGUUAUAUUAUUAGGCUUAUUAUGUUCUUUGUCCAUCUUUACUUUGCGUUUAAUCUCUUGAUACUUGUUCAAGAUGCACUCCAAUCAUUCAUGUUUAAUUUCCUAAUUAGUGCCCCAGAACCACCAUUUGAAGCUCUGGAUGUGCCAGAGACUCCCUUGUCAAUAAGUAGUCCAGCACAACCUACACCAGCUACUGCAGAGAAGAGAAAGGAAAAUAAACCUCAAGAGCUUUCAAAGAAGCAGGUGUUUAACAAUGAACAAUUGGAAUGAUUAUUAUUGAAAUCUUUUUGUAAUUUUUAUAAUUUGUCUUAUCUGAUGUUUCUGUUGCUACCCAUGUUAAAAGUUCAGUUGUGUACUGGAAAACUGUUGGGCAAACCUAAUGUAAUGCUGGGAGGGGAGGGUGGUAAUCAUGUAUUGACUUCCCCCUUCCCCCCUCCUCUCCCAUUCAAUUCUAACUGAUUCUCACUUUUAAGCAGCAAGGCAAGAAAAAAACAUAUUCACCAUUCAGACCACACAAAGGAAAACUGCCUUCAUUUUCUGGAGUAGAUCUUACUCCCUUAACUGAUGAAUACAGCUUAAGAACAGCGGAAAGAUUACAGGAGGCCACAAUAGGAAACAGGGAUACCACUGGAUUAACUAUGCUGUCAUCUUCUACUUCUAUUCUGAAGGUAUGGGUUAAAAAUUCCAGCAUGUUAUGUGAUGAAAAAAUAUUUUAUCUUUCAUUAUUCUCAAUCCUUCUGUCAUCCCUAAUCAUACCUGAAAUCUAGAAUAUCAUGGCUUCAAGAGAAAUCAUCUUUAAUUUAGCCAUUGAUUUGUAGACUUAGAUUAUGACAUGAAAAUAAUUCUGUAGUGAUGGAAUUCGUAACAUUUCUGGAAAAGAAUUUUAUGACGGAAAUCAAACUGAAUUUUCUUUUCUAAAAAAUUGCAUACACCUUUUAUUUACUUUCCAGUUUUAUGUGACUCUUUAUAAGUGAACAAAUCAACAAAUAAAUAGGAAAAUAAAACUGAGAGCUUGUUGAUUGUACAAUGAAAUUAUAGUAAUAUUCAGUUAGAGUGAUUACUGUUGACUAACCUCAUUUUAAUGAACAACAGUUUUGAAAAUCUCAAUCCAUUUUAAUUAUUAAUUGCUUUGAAAGUAUUUUAUGCUUUAAAAUCCCUGUCAUCCUAAAAAUUACAUUAUUUUCUAUUUCUUACUUUCAUUGGCAAAAUUAGCCUUUCAAUUGGUCACCUUUGUUAAGUUAAACGCUCUUCUAUUAACUAGGGAUUAACCAUUAAUGAUGGAUGUUUUGUUAUUAAACCACAUCACACAGUAUAUUUAAGUUUGAGACAUUUCCUUUUGAGGGUAUAAAAGCCAAUUGUUGUUCAGGCAAGAGUAAUCCUGAAAAGCAGAUAUGUCUGUGACAAGGGCAGGGGAUUAGCAAACCUGAAGGAACUUAAGGAUGUCAAGAUAUUGACUCUGAUUGACUGGCAUCUGCAAACCUCAGUCACUAACAGUAACAAAUGUUGUCCAGGACAACUCAACUGACCCAUAUAAUUGCAUUACAUAAUCAGUUAUUACUCCUAGGUUAACAAAGAUGCAUGUUGAUGUAUGGAUAGAUAAACCUGUGUGGCCAUAAACAUCUCUAAAUUCUCCCCUCUUUUCUUGAACUAAAUAUGCAGAGGCUUGAAAGGAGAAUUUUUAAUUUGACUAAAUUUUGAUUUUGGACCAAACAGUUUCCUUCAGAGAACAGUCGAUUGGAAGAAUGUUACUUCUGGUCAUCAACACCCUCUUCUUAUUCUCAAAGUUGGAGAACUACUAGUAACUACUCUAAAAGUCAGGUAACACAGUCAGAAACAUCUACUGUUUAAACUUGAAUUAAAAUGAAAUAGUAAACGUCUGAAGACAAUCCUAAAAAAAGCUUCCUUGAAUUUUUUUAAUCUACAUUUUUUUAAUGACAAGAAUUAACUACGGAAAGUAGCUGCCUCAGAACAUAUUAAUGAAAAAUAAAAACAGUGUAAAAAAUUAUAUAAGUAAUGAAUAAUGCACAACUUAGUUUUUCACAUCAUUGCUGAAAACUGAUAUCUACAGCAUAAAAUUUCUGUGUGAAUUACCACACUCUGUUAGCACUCUGUACUGAGAUUUUUAAAACUCUACUAUGACUUGUCAUCGACAUCUCCCUCAGUCUUUAGAGUGGGUAGCACAAAUGAUAUCCUUCUCAGGUAGUCUUCACAGCUAAACUCAUCAAUUCACUGGAAGGGAGGCAGGGAGAGGAGAACCUUUUGCUUUUGAAACGUGCUCUCCUGUCUUCGUUCCUCUGACUCCUGUCACCUUCCACUUUUUGGAAAGCAGUGCAAAUGAAUGAAUUAUUUCCCUCAUAGAUUCCCUGCUUCCUACCUUUUUACUCUCUCUCCCCCCCCACUUCCUCGAAAUGUUGCCGUGAACAGUAGAUGCAUUGUUGCAUCUUUGUACCUCUGUCCUGGUUAAAGUGGACGAAGGGGGGGAGUGUCUCUAUCUUGCCUGAAAAAACGCCCCCUCCCCCAAAAAUAAAUGACGUCUGUCCUACAGGUUACAAUCACAAUUGAACAGAAGUCAUUUUUGCUAUGUACGUUAUCUCUGCACAGGCACAGUAUGGCCGGCCACCAGGCAUUAAAGAUGUGCUCUAUGAUGAGAGGGGAAAUGUAGUAGCCGUGAUGAAGAUUUCACCGGAUAAGCUUCCAUCGCACAGGUAAAAUGUUUUACUUCGAGUUUUUUUCUUAGAGAGAGAGAGAGAGAGCAGGCAUCCCUGAUUCCUGAUUGAAUACACUUGAGUGGCAUAUUUCAUUUUAUAAACGCAUCCCCUUUCCCUCCCCCCUUUCCUUUCCUUUGGAGAACAACCUUUGGCAUAAGGCCUGUCUGAAUAUUUUUUUUUCUAACAGAAGAGCCUAAAAUUAAUUUGAAGCAAUUGGAUGCAAACAUCAAAGGUGUCGACAACAGAAUACGGGGGUGUUGAAGUCUGACCCUCCAUGGGUGGAGGGGGGAGGGUUAGAUAUAAUGCGCAAAGCUCCGAGAAAUCCUUUAAAAAUAUAUUACACCCAAGCCAUUUACCCUUUUUCUCAACAGGGUUCGAACCAAAUUUUCAGUAGUGGACGAUGAUAAUGACAUGCAGGUAGUGCGUUCUCGGACAAGACCCAGGAAAUACGGCCAAAAUCCCCGCAAGAUGGAAGCAACGAAGGACUUAAAGGCUUCCAAAAAUACAAGUCUCAAACAAAAUAUCGAUGCAAGUUCGAUAAAUAACGCAUCAUAUCAGACGGAAAAUGCUGGCUACAUAACACCCUUACCACCUCCGUUGGUAAGCACUUGUCGGUGUUUGAAUUCGAUAAAGAAAUGAUUUUCUUGUCUUUGCACGAAUUACAUUACCUCGCUCUUCAGUUCCUAUACAGGAGUGCAUUUGACCAAAGUAUUCUUAUCGGCCAAUGAAAACUAAGGUUUAACCCUUUCGCUCCCACAAGUGACCAAGACAGGAUUUCUCCUUACAAUAGUAAUACAAUAUCAAGCAGGUAGGUGAUGAGAAUGAAGAAAAAUAUCAUUUAUGAGAUUAUUAGUUGAUCCAAUACCAAAUUCUCUGAAUUAACAUCAUAAGAAUUGUAUGGAAGACAGUAAGGAGAAUUAAUUAUUAUAUCUUGGGAGUGAAAGGGUUAAAAUCGUAGGGAACCAAUGAGAACGCAAAGUUAAAACAAGUGAACUUCCCGAAGUGCAGGAAACCUCGGAGUAACUGAGGUACGCGAUUGGUAAAUUUUCGAGUAGUUUUCACAUCGCAAGACACAACCUUUGGGGCGAGCUUUGUGUAUUUCAUUUUGAAUCGGGGUGUAAAACUGGAAGGUUUGGAAUGCAGCUACUUGUGGGGAGCACAGAUUUUUCGUAGCCCGCGCCUCUGACAAAACGACUGACAACUUUCUACAAGGCUUAUAACCUUCCCGACCCCUCUAGGAAAGGUCAACGUCUGCCAGGAGCUUAUAUUUCUCUACUUGAAGGAUUCACAAAGGAAUCAUUUGAUUUAGCCAUAUUUAUUUUCCACGUAUUUAUUUAUUUAUUUACUAAUUUUUUUAGGUGGACGCUAUGGACAUAUCUGCUGGUGUUCUCGUGAGGGAAGGGAACAUUAUUAGACGCGGGCCAAGACAGGUAAAGGGCGUUUUAUCGAGCGUAAUCCCGCUUUGAAUCCCCUUAACGUGAUUAGGGUCCCCAAAGUCUAUUGGGAUUAAAAUCCUCGAUCGAGUGUAAUCCUGCUUUGUUUCCCGAAACCCGAUCAAGGUCCCUGAUGUGCAUUGGGUAUUAAGCGCUUUAUCGAGCGUCAUUCCAUUUUGUAUCCCGUAACCCGAUCAAGCUCUCAAAAGUCUCAAGAGUGAAAUAACAAUGAUACGUUUCCCUAUACAAAGACCACCAAGAACUAUUAAUCUUGAUUUGUCUACUGAUGUUUCAGAUUCCACGUCGUGCGGAAAAGACUCCCUCCUCAGCUUGUCUGCAACCACUGGACAGCACCCGUACUGCGGGACGGGUCAUUGAUGACAUUCUUACCCGCUCGUCUCCCGUGAUCAGACCUCUUCAUGCGACGGAACCCAUUCCUCCGAUAACUUCCCAGCCUCCCACUUAUUCUUGAUGUCGUUAACAUUGUGGUCGAUUUCUUUGCGUGUAGAUAUUGUAAGUCUGUACAAGACAAGGAAGUUAACGUUAUCGUUUGUCAUCGUAGUAUGGCAAGACGACGGAUUAAAAACGAAAAAACAUUUAUUUAAC